ACAUUGUGUAACCAAUCUUAAACCCUAUGAAGUGAUUACUGGUCAUUUCAAUACAGAAUCACCUUUUAAUAUAGACAUAGAUAAGCAAUUAUUAACCUGUUAAGUGGUUAAGACGUAUAUAUCCGCAAACCCAUAUAUUACAAUCAAUGCUUAUGACGGAUAUUCUCGCUUCGGCUAUUUUUUGGUAGCCCGCAAUGGUUAAGACGUAUACGUUCGCCUGCUGUAGUUUACUGGUAAACAAAAUCCUAAUCCAACUAUGCGGCGGAAUUAUUUUGUGGAAUCUCUUCCCGCUCAGUCGUUAUUUGGGCGUGUUACCGUGUGGCUGAUUACGAAAUUAUUACGUUUAGUAUUCCACUACGUUUGUGCAGGAAAAGGAAGUGUUCUUGAAUAUAUAUACAAAAUGUCUAAUUUAGAAGACAAUGACUCUGAAGAUAUUGAUAUUAGUGGCGACGAGGCGGACGAGGUGGAUGGUUAUACAAGUUCGGACGAGACAGAGGGCGAAUCGGAAUAUGAGGACAGUGGAGAAGAUACUAAUGAUGAGACGGAGCCUGAGCCCGAACCUGACUUUGAAAUGCCCUGGACCCAAAAUGGAAUCCCCAGACCAGCAUUUCCUUUUACAUCGAACAGUGGCGUGCAGGUACCUGCUAAAAGCAACCCUUUGGACAUUUUUGAAAUUUUUUUUGAUGAAAGUCUAAUAAACCUUAUAGUUGAAGAAACCAAUCGAUUUGCUAUCCAAUAUAUUAUAAAAAAUGGAGAAAACAUAAGACCGCACUCUAGAGUACGCCAAUGGAAAGAAACGAAUACCAACGAAAUUAGGACGCUUAUAGGCCUAUUGAUAUUACAGGGAUUAUGUCCUAAGCCUGAAUACAAAAUGUAUUUCUCUCGGAGAGAGAGCAUAGAAACUCCAUUUUUUUCGAAAAUUAUUUCCGAGAAAAGAUUUCACUUGUUAUUGAAAUUUUUGCAUUUUGUUGAUAAUUCAACAAUAAAUGCCAACACAAAAAAUCGCAAACUUGCCAAAGUACUUCCACUUCUAAACCUUUUAAGGGAGAAAUUUAUGACCAGUUAUGUGCCAGAAAGGGACAUCGCGAUAGACGAGUCUCUGAUUGGCUGGAAAGGGAGAUUGGGCUGGAAACAAUACAUACCUUCUAAACGAAAGAGGUUUGGCAUCAAACUGUUCGCUUUAUGUGAAACUUCUGGUUAUAUGUAUAAUUUUAUCAUCUAUACAGGUGCUGAUACGAUUUAUGAAGCACAGCAUUCUCAGGAACCAGUUACAUCAAGGAUAGUUUUAUCCCUUGUUGAUUCGCUACUUGACAAAGGGUAUCGACUUUUUCUAGACAAUUACUACACAAGUGUUGACUUGGUUCACAAAUUAGUAAAACGAAGAACAGACUGUGUGGGAACAAUUCGAGCAAACAGAAAAGGUAUCCCUAAAGAUUUACAAGUGAAAUUAUCUAAAGGACAGUCUGUUGCUAGAUACAAUAGAAAAAUUAUGAUACAAAAAUGGCAUGACAAGAAGGAUGUGUUAAUGAUAACUACCCUUCACGAUAAAACUAUGGAAAAGGUCUUAACUAAAAAGGGUGAAAUUGAGAAACCCACUUGUGUACUAGAGUACAAUAAAAAAAUGGGCGGGGUGGACUUAGCCGAUAAUUAUUUGCACUACUAUGGAACGGCAAGGAGUAGAGUAAAAAAAUACUACAUGAAAAUGUUCUGGCACUUUUUGAGUGUAACAACGCUAAACUCAUUUCAUAUAUACAAACGAAAUGGAGGCCGACUGAAAAGGAUAAAUUUCUUGUUAGAAUUGGGAGAACAAAUAGUUAGAAAAUAUAGCUCACAAAUAACUUUCGGAACAAGGAGAUCAAGGGCACCAAUGCCAUCAAGAUUUAUUGAACGUCACUUUCCGUCGGUUAUACCACCUACUACGAAACAAAAACCAACAAAAAGGUGUGCAAUAUGUGCUGAAAAGAAAAUCAGAAAGGAAAGCCGUUACUGGUGCCAAAAAUGCCAUACUGGUCUGUGUCCCGCACCGUGUUUUGAGAUUUUCCAUACCAAGUAACAAAAAAGCUACAAAAAUAAGUAUGAAGAAUGGAAUGAGAAAACUGGUGCACCUUCAAUGCAAUGUUAUAAGUUAGCCUUCACCUUUACUUUUCUUUAGAUACCAGUUCAAUAUUUUUAUGUUGUUUUGACGAUAAUAUACGCCUUUCAGUUUUAUUGUCGAAUUUUAAUGCUAUUGACGUAUAUAUACGCUAGUGAAUAUAGUCAGUGCUGAUGACGGAUAUGUCCGCAUGCGAUAAAAUUACGGGCCAUCUAGAAAAGCCUAUGGUUGUUUAUCCUGGGCCACUUAACAGGUUAAAUAAUUAUUUACAGAAUCAUAAGGAAAAAAUGAAAAUAGUAUAUAGGAAUUUAAAUGAA